AACAUAUACAGAUAAAUAAAAACUCAUCAAAAUUCAAAGAAUUCACCACCUCUUUUAUUUUUCUCUCUGUUUAUAUUUUUAAUUUUUUUUCUCUUAUCUCAACUGCUGUAAUUGCUGUUUGAGAAAAAAACAGAAACUAUGCUGGGUGACCACUCAGCUCUUUUCGGUGGCGGUGGUGGAGAUGCAGUGGCCACAUCAACACCCAACAUGACGGCGGAUGGUGGUGGUGGUGGCGGAGUUGGAUCAAAUUCUGAAAGUGAUAUUGAAAGAAGUAGAAUUGAUGAAGGUGAACGUAGCUUCGGUGGUAACAGGUGGCCGCGACCGGAAACUUUGGCGCUUUUAAGGAUACGAUCGGACAUGGAUACAACGUUCAGAGAUGCAAGUGUUAAAGGUCCUUUGUGGGAUGAAGUUUCAAGGAAGCUAGCAGAACUUGGGUUUCAGAGAAGUGCAAAGAAAUGCAAAGAGAAAUUUGAAAAUGUUUACAAGUACCACAAGAGAACUAAAGAUGGUAGAGGUGGAAAAUCAGAUGGUAAAACUUAUAGAUUUUUUGAUCAAUUAGAAGCCCUUGAUCAUUUUCAUAACCACCCUUCAACUUAUCAACAACAAUAUCAACCACAAAACCAAUCAAAAUCACCACAAAUUUCAGCACCAACACAGUCGCAAGCGGUUACAACUGCGAUAACAGAAUCAAGAACAGUACCAAUGUCAUUGCCACCAGUGAUUAACACAACCAUUAGUAUCCCUCCUCAUGUAACUGUUUCAUCAAUUUCGAUGCCUCAAAAUAAUAUUGUAACUACCCAAACCCAAACAAUGAAUAUGAUGAACCAAACAGUUUCUUCCAUUAAUCCUUCAACUAGUUUCCAACCAUCAACAACAAACCCUACCACCAUCAAUCCUCUUCCAUCUUUCCCUAAUAUUUCUACAGAUCUAUUAUCCAAUUCCAUGGCGAGUUCGUACUCGACUUCUUCAGAAGACACAACGGAAGAAGGAUCGCGAAAGAGGAAGCGGAAAUGGAAGGACUUUUUCGAGAGAUUGAUGAAGGAAGUGAUUGAGAAACAAGAGGAUUUGCAGAAGAGAUUCUUGGAAGCGAUUGAGAAACGGGAGCAAGAAAAAGUGGCUAGAGAAGAAGCAUGGAGAGCACAAGAGAUGCUGAGAAUCAAUAGAGAGAGGGAAAUUCUUGCACAAGAAAGAUCUAUAGCUGCAGCAAAAGAUGCUGCAGUUAUGUCUUUCUUGCAAAAAAUUGCGGAACAACAAAAUCUAGGAGAAACAAUAAAUAACAUCAACAUUGCUCAACCACCGCCACUACAACAACCACAAAGAAAUGCAGCAGCACCAGCAGCAUCACCAACUCCAACUCCAACACCAACCCGAGUGCCCGCACCCGCAACCGCACCAGCUCCAACUCCAACACCAACACCAACACCAGUGCCUGCACCAGCUCCAACACCAACAUCAGCACCAACGUUAGCAGUACAGGUUCAUGCUCCACCGCCAUUGCAACCACCGCCGGUUACUAAGCCGGGCGAACCAAUUGUCCCACAGCAGCAAUUUGUGAUGAAUAGAGAAAUAGUGAAGUUUGAUAAUAACGGUGAGAAUUUCAUGGGACCAAGUCCUUCUCGGUGGCCAAAAGUAGAAGUUGAAGCACUGAUAAAUCUGAGAACAAGCAUGGACAAUAAGUACCAAGAGAAUGGACCAAAAGGCCCUCUAUGGGAGGAUAUAUCUUCAGCAAUGAGGAGCUUGGGUUACAAUAGGAAUGCCAAAAGGUGCAAAGAAAAAUGGGAGAAUAUAAACAAGUACUUCAAAAAAGUGAAAGAAAGUAACAAGAAGAGACCAGAAGAUUCAAAGACAUGUCCUUAUUUUCAUCAGUUGGAUGCUUUAUACAGGGAGAAAGGCAAAGGAGACAAUUCCGGUGGCAGCGGCAGCGGCAGUGGUUUGAACCAGGCGGUGAAAGCGGAGAACAUGGCCGCUCCGUUGAUGGUGAGACCGGAGCAGCAAUGGCCACCUCAGCAAGAAGAAAAGAACCGCAGGGAGGAAGAGGAUGAUAUGGAUGAAGAUGAUAGAGAUGGAGAAGAAGAAGACAUGGAUGAAAGUGGUGGCGGUGGUGGUAACUUUGAGAUAGUGGCAAGCAAGCCUGCAGUGGGUGCAUCAGCUUGAGUUGCAGUAGUAGUAGUAGUGAAGUGAUGAUGAGAAUGAAACAGCUGCAAGAAGAGACUAAAAGAAUAUAAGAAAUGAGUUUGUUGGUGGUCAGAGAUAAUGCAGGAGUUGUCGUGGAAGAUGGUGGCUGUGGUGGUUGUGGUGGUGGAGGAGAGAGUACUAUCUAGUGUGUGUGGAAGAAUUUGAAAAUGUACGGUGGAAUGACACAUGGAGUUUGAGGAGGGAAAUUUGAUCCUGUUGGUUGGUUGGUACUUUGUUGGUGUAGCAAAUAUAGGUUUUUCAAUUUUAUUAAAUUUGUUUAUUUUUUUGGGUGAAUAUUAAAUAACUCUAAUCAAAGAGAUAUUUAUGAUAGAGUCAGGUCAUGCUUCAAAAUAAUAAAUUAUGAAAAUAUAUAUUUUGUACCAA